AUGUUUAAGGAAGAACUUCCCGUGCAGAAACCACAGCGCCGGCAGUCUGUUUUAUCCAAGGCUAUUAGCGAGCACAAUGAAGAUGCGGAUGAACCUGUUGUUGAUUUACUCCCACCAUCGAAAGGUUUAACAACUGCGGAGGCCGAAAAUCUACUUCAGCAGUACGGCCGCAAUGAAUUGGUGGAAAAGAAAACGCCGAGCUGGUUGAUUUAUGUGCGUGGGUUGUGGGGUCCGAUGCCGAUUGCAUUAUGGAUUGCGAUUAUUAUUGAAUUUGCACUUGAGAAUUGGCCCGAUGGUGCUAUUUUAUUGGGUAUUCAGAUUGCAAACGCGACGAUCGGUUGGUACGAGACCAUCAAAGCUGGUGAUGCGGUGGCUGCACUAAAAAAUUCGUUGAAGCCCAUGGCAACGGUGAAACGUGAUGGUAAAUGGCAACAGAUCGACGCCGCGGUGAUCGUACCCGGUGACCUCGUGAAGCUGGCAUCUGGCUCCGCGGUUCCAGCCGACUGCAGUAUUAAUGAAGGCAUCAUCGACGUGGACGAGUCCGCACUGACCGGUGAGUCUCUACCCGUGUCGAUGGGCCCAGAACACAUGCCGAAGAUGGGGUCGAACGUUGUGCGCGGCGAAGUGGAGGGUACCAUCCAGCUCACAGGCGCUAAUACAUUCUUUGGUAAGACCGCAGCGCUGUUGCAGGCUGUUGGGACGGACAUUGGUCAUAUUCAUAUUAUCCUAACUCGUGUCAUGUUCGUGUUAUGUGCUAUCUCGUUCGUGCUAUGCUUGAGUUGCUUCAUUUACCUUUUGGCCCAUUUCCACGAGAGCUUCCGAAAUGCAAUUCAGUUUUCCGUGGUGGUUCUUGUGGUGUCGAUCCCGAUUGCACUGGAGAUCGUUGUAACAACGACGCUUGCCGUUGGCUCGAAGCACUUGUCAAAGCACAAAAUCAUUGUAACAAGGCUGUCUGCGAUCGAGAUGAUGUCUGGUGUGAAUAUGCUUUGCUCGGACAAGACUGGAACGUUGACACUGAAUAAAAUGGAGAUUCAAGAACAGUGCUUUACGUUUGAUGGCAAAAGCGAUCGAGGGGCACUGCUUAUCCUGUCUGCACUUGCUGCGAAGUGGCGCGAACCACCGCGCGAUGCGCUAGACACGAUGGUUCUCAAUGCAGCAGACCUGGACGAAUGCGAUAACUAUGAACAAAUGGACUUCACUCCAUUUGAUCCAACGACGAAGCGUACAGCCGCAACCCUCAAGGACAAACGCACAGGGACAGUAUUCAGCGUGACAAAAGGCGCCCCACACGUGAUUCUACAGAUGGUGCACAACCAGGAUGAGAUCAACGAUGAGGUGGUAGAUAUUAUCGAUACCUUGGCGUCACGUGGUGUUCGAUGCUUGUCGAUUGCAAAGACUGAUUCGAAGGGGCGGUGGAUCAUGAUUGGCAUUCUGACGUUCUUGGAUCCGCCACGCCCGGACACAAAGGAUACGAUUCGUCGCAGCAAGCAAUACGGUGUGGAUGUAAAAAUGAUCACGGGUGACCACCUUUUGAUUGCAAAGGAGAUGUGCCGCAUGCUGAAUCUUGAUCCAAACAUUCUGACCGCGGAGAAGCUUCCUAAGUUAAAGGACGCUACAGACUUGCCGCCCGAUAUUGGUGAGAAGUACGGUGAAUUAAUGUUAACCGUGGGUGGGUUCGCGCAAGUGUACCCUGAACACAAGUUCAUGAUUGUUGAGGCGCUGCGUCAGUGCGGUUACACAUGCGCGAUGACAGGUGACGGUGUGAACGAUGCACCAGCGUUGAAGCGUGCGGAUGUGGGCAUUGCUGUGCACGGUUCGACGGAUGCAGCGCGUGCAGCUGCGGAUAUGGUGUUGACUGAGCCUGGCCUGAGCGUCGUCGUGGAGGCGAUGCUGGUGUCGCGCGAGGUGUUCCAGCGUAUGCUAUCGUUCCUAACAUAUCGUAUUUCUGCGACACUGCAGCUUGUGUGGUUUUUCUUUAUUGCAUGCUUCAGCUUGAGGCCGAUCGACUACGGUAGUAAGGAUCCCGAAUUCCAAUUUUUCCACCUCCCUGUGUUAAUGUUCAUGCUGAUUACCCUGCUGAACGACGGCUGCCUGAUGACCAUCGGGUAUGAUCACGUUAAACCAUCUGAAAGACCACAAAAGUGGAAUCUGAGCGUGGUGUUUGUAAGUGCUACAAUUCUGGCUAUAGUGGCAUGUGUCUCAUCGCUCCUGUUGUUAUGGAUUGCUCUUGAAGGUUACUCCGAAUCGCACUACCCCAAUUCUUGGUUCAAGCACCUUGGCUUCUCAAUACUACCACAAGGCAAAGUGGUGACAAUGCUUUACCUGAAAAUUUCAAUCUCUGACUUCCUGACGUUGUUCUCGUCACGAACUGGCGGCGAUUUCUUCUUCACGAUGAAGCCAGGGAUUGUCCUGUUUUGUGCAGCAAUCAUAUCGUUGUCAGUGUCAACGCUUGCGGCAUCCUUUUGGGAAAAGUCGUAUCCGGACCACUUACUAACGGAGGGACUUGCUUGGGGCGACAAGAGCAGUGAUAGACUGUUGCCUUUGUGGGUGUGGAUCUAUUGUGUUGUGUGGUGGUUAAUCCAAGAUGUCGUGAAGGUGCUUUCGCACAUCCUAAUGGAUGCGGUUGACCUGUUCGGCUGUGUUUCCAAUGCAACUGGUGGAGGCCCCAUCAAGCCUUACGCCAGUGACGACCAGGAAAUUGAUCACACGAUGCCUCAGGGGAAGACCAAGGGAAACGAAAGCAAUCCCAACUCUUCUGAACCUACCCACCAGACCAAGGAAGAGAAAAAUAGGUCUCUCAAGCGCGCUGUUUAA